AUGUAUCUAUCUUUUCUUAUAUUUUUUUCGCUUCUUGUAGCAUGUAAAUCGGCGAGUGUUUACGAUGCUACGUUGUCGGUUGAUUCCUCUAGCGGAUGCCCCCUUAUAUCACCUGUGCUUUCAAACAAGGCCCCGUCGGUUUGUGAAUGUGAAAAUUCAAUCGCUCCAAAGAAAGCGGAAGAACCCAUCAAAGAAGAUAAACGGUGUUUUGAGCCGCAACAACGACCGCAACAGCCAUUAAGGCUUCUCACAAUGGUUUCGCGUAUUCCACUACCUACGCAACCUUCUAAUUGCUCUUUGGAACCAAAUAAAGUUCAGUCAGAAACCCCAACUCAACAAUGCGUUUCCGUGGCCCCGCCCCCUGCUGUUGAGCCUUCGCCUUCGGUGGCCUGUGAAGCGCCAGCUAUACCCCAGAAAAUCGUGCAAAAAUCAUGUGCUUGUGUCUCUGUGGUCCCGGAACCAGUGCAAACAACUUGCUGUACCAAGGGAAAGGUAUUUCUGCGUCGUGGGCAGACGGGAAAGAUCAUUACAAAGGCCAACCACAUUGCACCGAUUGAAAGAGUUUCUGUUGUUUAUGAGGUUGCCACACUGGCUGUCCCAACCACGUUUAGUGUUGUUCGUACAGAUUAUGUUCCGUUGACGCAAACCAAAACCAACGUUCAAACCUUUGCUUGGACAACGUUUGUGGUUGAUGAGGAAGUGGGAUGUCCCCUACCCCCUUCGACUUGCCCCAAACCAACAGCUUCAAUAUACCCAGCUGCCAAUCUCCCGAGCUUUUCUUCUGUUUCGUCCUCUAUCAAGGAUGUCAAGGAAUGUCAGUUGGCUACCCUGUGCAAAAAGAGGAAAUCAAGAGCAGCUCAAACGACUACGGUGUCAAGUGACAUUAUCGACGACGACACAAGUUUUAAUUAA